AUGCUGAUUAAAUCUCUGCGCCGAACGCCGCCCCAAAAGCAAAUUCUUGUGAGGCUUCAAAAUCAGCGCCGUCACGGUGGAUCGGUUUCGAAAAACAAGCACAUUGAGAACUGGAAUAACUGGCGUGGUGACUCCGAGAAGCGUUUUAAAAUGGAUAAUUCUUUCUUCACGUCUUUAACGGUCUGGGGCCUCGUUCCCUUCGGCCUCUACUUUGUUCUGGCCUCCGAUGAACGCCGCAAACGCGACAAGCGUGACGUGUCGGAGAGCUUUCGCCACGAAACGACAUUAGAGGAAUUUUAUGCGCGUGUGAUGCAGCGUGUCUGUCGUUCCUAUCGCGAAUUAAAUGAAAAUUUCUCAAUUGAGGACAUCGACCGAUUGCAGCAGAUAUGGCAGGAAAAACUUGAGUCUUACACGGGGCAGCGAAAAAUGUCAAGUACGAUAGCAGAAGAGGAUAGCCAAACUCUGUCGACCACCGAAGCAGCAAAAAAUAGCGCGGAAGCUUUCAUUGAAGAUGAUGAAUUUCUCAUUUCGUCGAGCUCGAAUGCUUUGAUCAAGUCAAAUAAGGAAGUGGCCAAUCAAUCGAAUACCCCGUCGUCAGGUAUCGUGACGUUGGCGACCUCGUCAAUUUUCUUGAGAAUUCUAGGAUCGAAGAGAAAUUUACAUCAGCUUGAUGGGAUUGUCUCGGAUGAUGAAGAUUCAAUGGUGAGGACCGACAAUUUUAAUAGCACUCGAAAGGACCAAAGUAUAAUAUCGACUGACGCAUCUUUACAAAAGGCGCGUGCUCAAGAAGAAGGCCACGUUGACAGCGAAACUGAUGAUGCCAUUUUUCAAAAUGGUGAAGGGGAAAAAAAAGAAAAUGAGGAGGAUCUGUCAACAGACUCACCAGUAUCCGCAGCAUUGCUCCUUGUGUCCGAAAAAGACUUUUCACCUGUAUCGGGGCUUUCUGGGAUCAAUCUACCGUUGCAGGUAGCUGCAGGUUAUUCCAAAUUCGUUCACCGUGGCAAGCGCCGUGGGUAUUUUGGCCGGUUACACGCCAUUGUGCUGACGUGGCCAGGCUGCUUAAAGAGAAAAGAAACACUUCGUCCUGGUGACAUGGUUUGGUACUGCCCCGACAAGGGAAAAGGAAUUCUUGUCGAAGGUGAAAUUGUCAAAGUAGUUGCUUGUAGACAAAGGCUUAAUGAGCUAACGAUUCGGCGUAGCAACGGAUUAGAAGCAAUUGUUGAUCUGCGUCAAGUCCGUCGAUUGAAAGAAUAUCUUGUUCGAAAAGGCAUUGUGCGAUUACGUAGCGAGCAGGAUAGGUAG